UAUGUGUGUGCCUAUGUGUGCGCCGAAGUUAUUGCGCUGUUAAAGUAAUAAAGCCUGGACCUCGGGACGACGAACCUGCGGUGUGAAAUAAAUUUUAUGAACGUCAAUGAUUGGAGGGUGGGGAAGGGGGUGAGUGGCGUUUUAGGGGGAGGGGGGAUUUACAUCUUCAGACAUUGCGCCAAUAGCCAAUCUGUUGUUUGGUUUCAAUCUUUCUACACAAUUAGGUAGAGAGCGAGCUAAACACUUGGAAGCAUAUUGCCCUUUGUACUUGAAUGUCUAUCAGGACUGUCUGUUGCUUUACCAUUGAAGCGUGCUCGUGCAAGUUUGUCCCUGGAGAAAGAAUUAAAUGGAGAAAUUUGAAUUCCUUCUCUCAAGUUUCAUUUUCUAUUUCGCAUUUUUCAACUCCAUCUACGCUUUCCUUCGCGGACAGGACUGGAUCUUCACACUCAUGACUCUGACCUUGUUAAUACCUUCAUUCUUUGCAUAUCUGGUCAUUGGCCACCGACAGGUGAACGACAACGCACGCCUGCUAAAAUCCGCGGUCAUCUUUGGCGGGUUCUGUCUGACUUAUCUUACAAGCUUAGUCUGUAUGGUUUGGUACUCCCCUGCCUUCGCCAAGUCCGACAAAACCACUUACAAGUGCUCCGCUGUGAACUGUGCCUCGUGUCUGCUGCUCAUCUGGCAUAUGCACAUCUUCCAACGUUUUAGUCCUGCCAAUGACCACAAUGUUAGUAUUGGCGGGAAGGAGAAAAUCCACUUGUUUUUCUUACAUUUUCUCUUCUGCUUAGCAUACUUCUGCUCCAUUUACGUCUGCGUCAACCAACAUGUCUGUGCAUUCACGGUUAUAUCCCUUGUCAUAUUUACAUCCUGGUUUUUUGUACAUCAUUUUCACAGCUUAAUGGAGGAGAUGGAGCCGGAUGUAGAUUAUCUGAAGUAUCGGGAAAUCCCCAGUCUUACCCUCUUCUCGUCAAUCGGGUAUGCGGGGUUCGCUACACGGCAUUACGACCAAGACUCGGUCAGUUUCAUCCUCUCUGUCCUCAACCUCGUCUGCUAUUUCCUUCACUUCCUGUACAUCUACGUUGUCCGCUGGGAUGGCUUGGACAUUUGGGGAAACGUAUGGGAGAGGUCAAGUCCUGGCGUCCAUCCCAUUGAGUCACAAGAGGUCAUUGCUUCUGCGGCAACGGCAGACUCCAACACAAGUGUUCCAACAAUGCCAGCUUCUUCUGUGAGCAGGACCACUAUUAGGACGACCACUCUCCGAUCGCCUGUCGAAGACCCAUCUACCAGAUCAAGCUUUUCCUCAGCUUCUGCUUCUGCCUACCAUGUCAACACUAACAUAACUCCUGAGUAGGAGAUGGCCAGUAUAUACAACCAAGAUUUAAUAUAGUCUUAAUUAUACUAUUAUUAUUAUUAUUAUUAUUAUUAUAUAUAUAUAUUAAUAUUUAGUUAAAUAGCUUUUAUAAAUCUAGUAACUUACUUAUUACGAUAGAGCCUUGGUCUUUAAUAACUGUAAAACCUUUUGUUUUUAUAAAACUUUAUAUUCGAUGAAGAUAUGACUCAAAGUUCUUAGAUCUUUGUUUGAUCACACUGACAACUUUAUUCUUAAGCCUCACUGAAAACAUACAAUUUAAUUGAAAUUGACAAUUUAACUAUUGUAUUUGUUUUGCCACAAAGCACUAAACUAAAAACAUACAGCCUCACUGAAAACAUACAGCCUCAAUUUAAGUAUACAGUCUCUCUCGAAAUAUACAGCAUGACUCCAAAUAAAGAGUCUCAAUUCAAACGAAAAGUCUCACUGACAACAUACAGCUACCUCCAAACAUAUAUCAUUAUUACAAAAAUACAUCAUAACUGCAAACAUACAGCCUCACUGAAAAACAUACAGACGCACUGCUAAUAUGAAGCCUCACAGGAAAACAUACAGCUUAACAGGAAAACAUACAGCUUCACUGCAAAAUAUACAGCUUACUGAGACAUACAGCCUCACUCCGAACAUGCAGAUUCACCGCAAACAUAUAUCAUAAUUGUAAACAUAACGGCCUCACUGGAAAACAUACAGCCUCACUUCUAACAUACAAUCUCACUGGAAAACAUACAGCCUCACUGGAAAACAUACAGCCUCACUGGAAAACAUACAACCUCACUGGAAAACAUACAACCGGUGAAGUUCUACUGUAAUGGUCAACUAGGGUGAAGUUUUACUGUCAUGGUCAACUAGCGGUGAAGUUCUACUGUCAUGGUCAACUAGGGUGAAGUUUUACUGUCACGGUGAACUAGCGGAGAAGUUCUACUGUCAUAGUCAACUAGUGGUGAAGUUCUAGUGUCAUGGUAAACUAGCGGUGAAGUUCUACUGUCAUGGUCAACUAGCGGUGAAGUUCUACUGUCAUGGUCAAGUAGCGGUGAAGUUCUUCUGUCAUGGUCAAAGCCUGGACAUUUUUUAGUUUAGCAAGGUUAGAAGAUCACACACACACACACGAAAAAAACAUUUCUUCUCUAAAUACAAAUCGAGAACAAUUUACCUAAAUAUAACAUACCAUAUUCAAAACACAACAAUUUUAAAAUAGUCUCUUCUACCGUAUUACAUUGUAACUACAUGUUUAUCCUUUCAAAAUAAUUUAAUGAUCGCUUGUGUGAUAUUGUAUUGAGAUAUACUCGCUUUCAAAUAUGUAAAAAAAAAAUAAUAAUCUUACUUUUUCUCCUCUCAUCAAUAAAAGUAACAAUUUUUUUUU